AUGGAAACGGGAGGGGACCAAUGGCUCGUGUGUGCUGGCACGGACGCGAGCAGCAAUCCCAAGCGCAGUGGCCGAUUUUGUGAAACCCCGACGAAAUGGUGGCCUCUCUUGCACUGGAGGGGAAAACGUGGUGGAGGCGAGGCACAGGAGCAGCGACGGAUACGAAACCGCGGUGGUUGGGACACCCGCCUUGGGAACAUACGUGCUUGUUUCUACCGCUGUGUUGCGAAUUUAAGGAAGACAUGGUGGCCUCGACUGAAUCGUGGUGUCCGUAUUGGAGCCAUCACCACUCUCGCACUACACCUUUCCGUGUGUAGAGCACUACCAUUGAUUGGUGGUAUCCCAGGUCAAGACUGGUGCAUCAACACCUACUCUCUGGCCUCGACGACGUUACCGGAGCAAUCGGGAGCAGCGUUUUCCUGUUUCUGGGUGUGGGUUUUCACUCUUGCAUGCAUCGCUCUCAUAACCUUCAUUCUUUUCCCCGUUUUGAGUUUCGGAGCCGCUCUGGGCCGCUCCAUGUGUCUGCUCAUUUUCCUCGUCAUCCUUUCAUGGCUCUCAGUCAUGCGCCUGCCCAUGACAUAUAAGGUCGCUCCCUUUGUUACUGACGUCAACACAUACAGCAUGACUGGCUUUGCCUAUGUAUACAUCCCGUAUACUGCAGCCGCUGUCAUCUUGGCUCAGCAGCAUCGUGCGUUUGAUACAGAUCUAUAUACAGGUCUGAAAUACAUCGGUGACUAUAGCCUCGGUAUCCUGAUAGCCUCACUCGUUGGAUGGGCUCUUUUUGCGCUCCAGGUGGCACUGCCUCCGUGGAGUAGCCAGAGGCACAACGUACGAGUCGAGUUAAGUAGAAUAAUGAGGGAUGUGCGCGAGAAUCUGUCCAACAUCUCCAGCGUCUUCGGAGAACUUCGUCACUGUCUCUGUAAGCUGACUGAGCAUCAAUUGAUCUGGUGUAACGACUUCUUCGCGACAACUGGUGUGAUGAAAGAAGGCGACGAUUUCGAAGAGAGCUACGAGAAGCUUAAGGCGGCCUCACACGCAUUGCAAGAAAGCUGUCAAACCAUGUACCAAGCAAUUGGCAGGCAGACGAGUCUUCGCGUUGCCAUCGUUGCCAGCAGUACGGAGCCGUAUUUCAUGUAUCCGGGACCCGGCGUAUUCCUUUUUCCGUUUUUUGCGCGUUGCUUCGAGGUGCUAAUCCACAACUGCAUGGCCAUAAUCACUCUCUCUCGAAACAUCCAUAUAGUCUGCCAAGAUCUUGUUCGGGUCCGAGUCGAGGGGCACGACACGCUAGCGGAGAUCCUCCACCGAACGGAGCCCCUACUGAAAACUACUGUUGAUGCGUACACCUUGUGUGCUACCCUUCUUCUUGUGCGCCCCUCGUCGUUCAAGCGGGCUGCUUUUCGAGACAAGAUCCGCAAUGGACUGGAGCAGCUCGACCACAUUGACAGAUGUGUCGGGAAGACCUUCAACGUUUUGCGUUCUCCCAGCAUGCAGCUUACCACAAGGCAACAGACCAUUUGCGACGACGUUUCCGUUUGUCUCCGGCGGCUCGUCAGUCGCGCAUCUUUCUGCAGCAAUGCAAGCGCUGUGUCUGAUCAAAGUGGGGCGUUUUCUUCUUUCUCCUUCGUGCCGGACGCGUCUGUGGAGCACUUUUGGUUUCCAAAUCCGCCGGCGUCCCCGCGAACCGGAAGUGCAGAGCGGGCAUCCCACGCUGCUGGAAGCCUCUUCGUACCGCAGAUUGUGGACUACCGUGCAGCAAAUGCAUCUGCAGGCACCAUGUUUCGCCUGGAGACUCCUGCAGGCGUUAACGCCGGCGCUUCUUCCCAGGUCUUUUCACCAGUCUCCAUGAAUGGGAGGCGAUCACGCACAGGCAGCGAAUCCGUCGCGGGCAUGGGCAAAUCGUCUCGUUGUUCGAGCUACCAGUCCAUCUCCGGUACAGGGGGAACUGUAAGUGACACUGGUCUGCUCGGCGAAGGAGAGGAGCCUCAUUUCAAUGGACGUCGCGGCUCUGCCGAAGCCACGCAACCCGAGAGCGAACUGCCGCCUCGAGGGGAACCCAAAAGAGACGAAGCAUGGGCGAAGAGGCGGCCAGGCACCAGAUCGGCUUUUGCAGAUCAAUUCGUGCCUGUUUUUCCUGAAACCGGCAUGGCGCUGUCGGGAAGUGGAUUGACAUCGGAAGUGCGGCAGACCGAACUGCAGCGAGCUGGACUGGAACGGCAAGAGAGUCUCUUCGAGGGCCCACACCUGGCGCCAAGUAUGAGUCAAAGCUUCCGAGAGGAUCACAGUGAUAUAGGACGUCCAUCAAUUCUCAGCGAAAGGAGUCCUCGGACUAUAUCUCAGCGCAAGUGUGGAGCUACGUCUCCAUCGGUGCUCAGCAGCCUGUCAAUGGCUGAUGUCGAUGCCGCCCUGAAGGAUAUUUGCAGCGGUGAAGACGGCACCGAAGCUGACAGUGGCACUGCGAGCCAUCAAAGUUCAUCGACUCGUCGGUUUCUGGAUGAUAACGACGAUGCCGAAGGUCAAUCUUUCGACUCAGGAGCGAUCAAGAAUGAAGCUGGCGUCCCCAGCCAGAAGAACGGAGAGAUUCCGCGAAAAGCAGCUGAGUCAAGUGGAGACACAAGCUGGUCUUGGCUCCAGGAGCGUGCUCCGUGGAAUCUUACACGCCAGCUAUUAGAUGAUUCAGUCUCUGACGAUGUCGACGCUUUGAGGAUGAGUCGGGGCCUGGGAGCUGCGACAGAGGAACUGCGGCAGGAGAUGAGGCUCUCAAAGUUGAUCGUGUCGCUCUAUCACAUUUGUGCAUUCGAUACGCAAGAGCUGUGCAGCACGGUUAGGGGAGCAUGCAUCGCGAUCCUGACUCCUUCAUGGCAAGGCGCUCGGCAGAAUUUGAAGAUGAUGACUCUGUCUCUAGGAAUGGUAUUCGUUCAACUCUAUGUCGGCCUUCGAAACCUCAUGCGCCCGGAUAAAUGGAAGUGGACAGGCAAGGAUGCGUUUUAUUGGGAUGUCGAGGUCGUUCACUGCAUCAAGCUCAUUGGUGGUCUCGGCUUUCUAUUUGGGUGCUGCCUUUUCUACGGAAAGCAGAUCGACCACUUUCUUGGAGGCCUGGCAGUAACUCAGGGUCCGCAGACCGCCAAACAGUGGGUUAUUCUCGGUUUCCUUUGUGCCCACAGUUUCACGUAUGAAGGUAGCACGCACAAAGGGCUGAAGCGUGCACUGGGAACCAUGUUGGGUGGCCUUGCCGUGGAGGUUGCUUUGGUGGCAACAACAAACUAUGCGGCGAUUUUAGCUUUUGUGUUCGUUUCGAUCGCUGCGGCGGUGUUCAUCUUCGCAAGCCCGACCAACCCGGCAAGCGAGUAUGACCGCGAGUUCGGAUAUAUUGGCCAGGUCUUCAUUUGGACAGUUACCUUCGUCCUCGCCGUUAUAUGGGCCUAUGAAGGCACCAUUCCGUACCCAAGUACGCAUGACAUUUGUCGACUCAUUCUUCCGUAUCUGUCGGCGUGUGUGCCUUUUGCGCCUUCAGAGCUGCGAGACACUGUGGUGCGCAGUCGCGUGACCGGCAACCUCGUAGGGAUUGGUUUUUCGGUGGUCAUUGGUUACUUUCCGCCGACCUUCAGCGCGGAAACAGCUACACGAACACACUGCGCCACCCUCCUGAAAACGUGUCGCCGAUGCACGUUUCUUAUAAAUGCGGCGUUUCUGAGUCUCACGCGAGUGAACAAUCGCAGCGAAUCAAGCAUCACCGGAGGCGGGGAGACAAGCUGCAGUUUGCCAUACGCAAAGAGCUCUGAGGCCCCGCGCCUGUGUCAUCCGGCGUCCCCGAUUACAGCGCCAAACAGAACGUUUCAAUGGGCCAGGCUUUGGAAAUUCGGAUGUCGGGGCACGCGCCUCAGCAGACACGAAUGGCAUCGACGGCGACGACAAAAGAAGCGGACAGGACCCCCCGAAUUUCAUGACUUCAUUCUUCAAGCAGAGGAGCUGCUUCGGCAUCAUUCCACUCGCCUGCUGGUAGUAGGACGCAUGCUGUACGAAGAGGGAGCGUGCAGUCCGCAUUCGCCUUUCUGGAGAGUAGACCCUGCUGUGGAAGAAAUCAUGAACAAAGUCGAGUAUUUGAUCAUGGCUGUGGUGGAUACAGUAGAUAACUUGUGCCACCUGGCACUCACGUCCGAUCCAGCUCUCGCGUUAUUCCUAAAUGGAGGACCACCGGAAGGCCACGCCUCAUGGCUCAGUGUGGUGCAGGAGGACAGGCGCAACUGGGAGAUCCUUCUUCGCUGCAGGUCAGGCAAAGCGCUUCAACUGAAUCUUUUCCGGAUGAUAAAGGCACAGUCAACGUGCUUCGUCUGGCUUGCCAAGGAAAUCACCGCUGCUAUGCUGAACGCCCUUGACAGAGUCGUAUCGUGCGACUGGUGUCAAUUCCGCGCGACGAUUCCGCGGAAGUAUCUGCUGGCUGCGCAGGGGUAUGCUCGUGCGCGGUUCAAGGUCGAGCAUUACAACAGUCGCAUCUACGAAUGUUUGACACUUUGCGGAAAGGAACUGCGCGAAGCAGGAACAUUUCGAGUGGACGAGUGGAAGACGGCAAUGUUCAGUGUCCUUCUGAUCGUGGAGAAGUGCGACAAUAGGACGUAUUUUAUGGAUGAGCUGCACCGGUUUCAGGCGACGAGUGUAUACAGGACAGUUUACCGGGAAAACAACCCGGAGGCUGCGCGCGAGCUAGUUGGUGCUUCGUCCUUCUUCGAUAAUCUCAGCACUCUCAGAAGCUGCAGUAUACACCAGGAUCAGACGAUGAGCGGGCCUCACAGUCUAAGUCACAGGUGGUCCUUGGAAAACCCGAUUCGACAGCAUUUAGAAAAGAAGCCGGUCGCAUUUGGAGUAUUGGGAGAGCGUCCAUAA